UGGAUAGCGAUUGCGCCAUCGCACGGGCGGGUUUUGUCAGGUUCCUCCACAAGUUGUACGUCUCGUGGUCUCAGCCCAACAUGCUUCAUGCCGGGCAUUCCAAAUGUCCAACUCCAGUACGUGUCACGAACACUUGUUACUUUUGGAUCCGUCACAGUGGUUAUCCAAUCUUGAAAUAUUUUUUUUUUGGAAUACUUGCAUAUUGGGUUUAUUUACCCAUUCUUCUGUAUCUCUACCCCGGGAGAACACUGCAUGUGCGUAUAUGCACAUGUACAGCGUUUGCCGGGGGAGUAAUGCUCACGCUUUCUUGAACUGCUCGAUGUGACCUGAACGCCAAUGCUAAAAUGCUA